CUGUGGUACCUAACAGUGUGUUAUAGGAAUAAGUAAAAUAACUGUUUUGGAAAGUUUGAAAAGUUCGAAGUUGUGAGUUCUUGUAAAUUAUAAUCAUGUCGAGACGUGCAUAUAGAGCUAGACGUGAUAGAGAUAGACCAGCAUACAAUGAGUUUCAAUUUGGAUUCAACAUGUUUCCGGAAAUUCCGAGGCCUUUCAACAUUACAUAUCAGUGCUUCUCUGUAGCUAUGCUACCUGGAAAUGAAAGACAGGACGUUGAAAGAGGAGGAAAAAUUAUCAUGCCACCUUCCGCGCUUGAGAAGCUGACCAGGCUGAACAUAAAUUACCCCAUGUUAUUUAAACUUGUUAACAAAAAAACUAAUAGAGUCACUCACUGUGGUGUUUUGGAGUUUGUGGCUGAUGAAGGCAAAGUUUAUCUACCACUCUGGAUGAUGCACAAUUUGGUACUUGAAGAAGGAGAUUUGGUACAAAUGGAAAGUGUUUCUCUGCCCGUUGGAACCUUCUCAAAGUUCCAACCUUUGAAUCCAGAUUUUCUUGACAUCACAAAUCCAAAGGCAGUGUUGGAAAAUUGUUUGAGGUCUUUUGCUUGCCUCACUACAGGGGAUGUAAUCGCAGUUAAAUACAAUCAGAAAGCAUAUGAGCUGUGUGUACUGGAAACUAAACCUGGAGACGCUAUUAGCAUUAUAGAAUGUGACAUGAACGUUGAAUUCGCUGCUCCCGUGGGUUAUAAAGAGCCUGAACAAAGGAAGAAAGAAGAAGAAGAAACCGCAGUGGAUCCUGCCGAGCUGAUGCCGGAGCCUUCUGGGUUUGUUGCUUUUCGUGGAACUGGAAAUCGUUUGGACGGGAAGAAACGAAAAGAUUCCACAUCUAGUGAUUUCGCAUCAGCCAAACCCGUCUAUGUCAGAGGUAUACCAGAUUAUGACUACCAAAUCGGGACUUUGAAAUUUAUCAGGCGACCAAUCAAGCAGAAGAGUGAUGAUAUCGAAGAGAGUGAGGAAUUUAAAGCUUUUAGCGGAACAGGAUUUAGUUUAAGAGGUAGAAAUUAAGUAUUGGGCUAUGACUGUGAUAAUGAUAUAUUUUGUUCCUUAGAUGAUUAGCUGAGCUUACAGGAUGACUUCUAAAUAUUGUUUUUUAAUUUUGAUGUUUUUAAAUUGAAUGAAUAAAUAAGGUUAUAUACCUGAAAAUUUCAACAAGUAUUGAUGAAAAUGCUUUCAAAGAUAUUUUUCAUUAUAAGUAGUGUGCAGAUAAUAUAUCUAUUUUUUUGCUGUAUUUGAACAAUUACAAAUAAACUUGAUUAAAAUA